AUGCUCCAUCUGGUGGCGGGACAAAGCACGGCGACGCUUCUAUCAGCACGCGAUCAGCAGUCAAUUUGGACGAUUGCGGAAGGCGGUAUGUCGAAUCAGACAGUCGAACGCCGUGGCAAGACGCUGAUGAUCCCAGUCCCCUCCAAGCCCAGGUUCAACGAGAUCGGAGUGCAGCAAGUCAGCGACUACGUGCACUCGCAGAUUUUCCUGAACAAACCGAAUCCUCCAGACGAAAAGCUCAUAGCCUUGGCCAAGGACCAUCUGUCACGCCAUGAUCUUUUGGGCAAAUCGCAGGAGGCCUCCGAGCCCAUCGCGUUCGACUUGCCACCUCUGAGUGGCCAGACGUUGGACGAGCACUUUCACAAGUUGGGCAUGGAUUCCUCCGAGCCGUAUCUAAGCUAUGCAAAGAGCUAUGCCCUGGCGAAUAUCCCUGACAUGCCCCGAAAAUGGGUUAGGAGGAGUGGAUGGACCAAAUACAAUAGCGACGGCACCUGGGAACCGGUGGACGCCCCGGACGAGCAAACGUUGACUUUUGAUACCGAAGUCAUGUGGAAGGAAACUACUUUCGCCGUCAUGGCGUGCGCCGUCAGCCCGACAGCGUGGUACGCAUGGCUGUCACCCUGGCUGCUAGGGGAAUCGGAGAGCGAUCGUCAUCUCGUCCCCCUGGGAGAUAUGUCGAAGCCACGCGUUGUCGUCGGCCAUAAUAUUGGGUACGACCGCGCUCGAGUUCUGGAGGAGUACAACUUGCAGCAGUCGCGGAACUUCUUUCUCGACACCAUGUCUCUUCAUGUGGCGGUCAACGGAAUGUGCUCCCAACAGCGCCCUACGUGGAUGCGACAUAAGAAAAACAAAGACUUGAGGGAUAAGAUCGCAAAGGAGAGCAAGUCGGUCGAGCUCGCAGCGCUGCUGGAGAGCAAGAUGCUCGGCGAAGAAGAGGAGGAGUUAUGGGUAGGGAGAAGCUCUGUGAACUCCCUGCGCGAUGUCGCCAAGUUUCAUUGCGGUGUGACGAUCGACAAGUCGCAGAGAGACUAUUUCGGAGAGCUUGACAAGGAAGGUAUCCGGGAGAGACUGGAGGAGCUGCUGGACUACUGCGCCGCCGACGUUGCAAUCACUCACCGCGUCUUCAAAAAGGUGUUUCCGAAUUUCCUCGAGGUCUGUCCCCAUCCGGUUAGCUUUGGAGCACUGCGACAUCUUUCCUCAGUAAUCCUGCCGGUGAAUGAAUCGUGGGAGCAGUAUAUCGAAAACGCCGAGCGGACAUACCAUCAACGACUGGAUGACGUCCAACGGAAACUGGUUGAGCUCUGCGAGGAGGCCUUGAAGGUGAAGGAUAACCCGGCCGUAUACCAAAACGACCCCUGGCUGCGGCAGCUGGACUGGUCUGGCCAGGAGAUCAAGAUGGUCAAGGGCAAGAAGAAGGGAGAUCCUCCGCGCCCGGCCGCUAGACAGAAGAAGCCUGGCAUGCCGAAGUGGUACAAGGACCUCUUUGCCACCAACGAUUCAAAGAUCAACCUGACUGUUCGCACGCGGAUAGCGCCCAUCUUGCUCAAGCUGUCUUGGGAUGGCCAUCCGUUGAUCUGGUCAGACAAGUUUGGCUGGACCUUCAAGGUUCCUCUGAACCAGGCGUCGCAGUAUGACAAUCAAGCGGUGACUCGUUGCGACAUGUUGGAAGAGACGAACCCAGAGCUUCGCGAUGACCGGAAACAUGUCUACUUUAAGCUGCCACACAAGGACGGACCCCAGGCCCGGUGUGUUAGUCCGUUGGCCAAAGGAUACUCGCAGUAUUUCGAGAAUGGAACAUUGUCUUCGAAAUACGCCCUUGCUAAAGAAGCGCUGGAGAUGAACGCAUCUUGCUCGUAUUGGAUCAGUGCACGGGACCGGAUCUUGAGUCAAAUGGUCGUCUAUGAAGAGGACGUGCAGGGCCCUAAGAAAGACGGCAAAAAACUGGGCUUCAUUUUGCCCCAAGUCAUUCCCAUGGGGACCAUCACUCGGCGUGCUGUGGAAAAUACGUGGCUCACGGCCAGUAAUGCCAAAGCGAACCGCGUCGGGUCCGAACUCAAGGCCAUGAUCAAAGCCCCUCCAGGCUAUGUCUUUGUCGGUGCCGAUGUGGAUUCUCAGGAAUUGUGGAUCGCCAGUCUUGUGGGAGACGCUCAGUUUCAAAUCCAUGGGGGCAACGCCAUUGGCUUCAUGACGCUGGAAGGCUCCAAGGCUGCUGGAACUGACCUGCACUCGCGGACGGCUAAGAUUCUUGGGAUUUCUCGGAAUGACGCCAAAGUCUUCAAUUACGGGCGUAUCUACGGCGCUGGGUUGAAGUUCGCUGCCACUCUGCUCCGCCAAUUCAAUCCGACGCUAUCGGACAAACAAGCCAGCGAAAUCGCGGCAAAACUGUACAAAGAGACCAAGGGUACCCGUACCACUCGUAAGAUGUUGAGUGACAGUCCUUUCUGGCGAGGCGGCACUGAGUCGUUCGUCUUUAACAAGCUUGAAGAAUUUGCCGAGCAGGAGAGGCCUCGAACACCGGUCCUGGGCGCUGGAAUUACGGAAGCCCUCAUGCGCCGCUUCAUCAACAAAGGCAGUUUCAUGACUUCUCGAAUCAACUGGGCGAUCCAGUCGUCUGGUGUGGACUAUCUGCAUCUCCUGAUCAUCUCGAUGGACUACCUUAUCCGGCGGUACAACAUCAACGCCCGCCUGGCAAUCACGGUUCACGACGAGAUCAGAUACCUCGUGAAGGAGGAGGACAAAUACCGGGCGGCCAUGGCGUUGCAGGUCGCCAAUGUCUGGACUCGCGCGAUGUUUUCGCAGCAAGUGGGCAUCGACGAUCUUCCGCAGUCUUGUGCGUUCUUCUCCGCGGUGGACAUCGACCACGUUCUCCGUAAGGAGGUCAACAUGGACUGCGUGACUCCUUCUCACCCGAACAAGAUCCCUCACGGGGAGAGCUUGGAUAUCCAUCAGCUUAUGGACAAAGGCCAUGAGGCGUAUCUGGAUCCGUCCAUCGAACCCGUCUCGCCACCUGCCCCGGAGAAGUAUUCCUACACGCCGCGGAAGUCGGUCAUGUCCUCCCUCCAGAACUCCGACCAGAUUGCUUUCAUCAAGGCGCAGAUUACCAGCGACGACAAGGAGCUGCGGGAGAUCAUCAAAGAGGCGAUGAAGUCGUCGUCGGCAGACUCCAAGUCAGGGUCGAGCGUGACUACGACACGCUCCCGCAAAGCGACGGCCAAAGAUGCUGCCGCGCCGAAACCAGUCGCCGCUGAACCGCAGCGGGCCAUCCUGAUGGAAGUCCAGCCCAAUCUGUACCACGACUUCCGGAACCCGUCGCAGGGCAAGAAUAUUGGCGCUGCCAACAAGCAGAAUCCUUUCACCUUGUCCAAAUACCCGUGGAAACCGCGUCCUUCGUCUGCUCGGCUGUAA